AGUUUUUGUUUGGUGUGAAAGAAAAAUGAUUCGGAGGAGAGUUUGAUUGUUAUGAUGUUCAGUGCAGCGGAGUACUGGUGAUAUGGUAGCUCCUGUUGACAAAUGAUAAGGAAAAUUAAAUAUGAAAAUGUUUAGAACAAAUGGGAUACGUAUAAAUUCUAGAAAGUUCAUUUCUCAUAGAUAAUGCUAUUCUCCAUAUGAUUUGUGAGGGAGGUGAAGCUUUUCGUUGUCUUAUAUUCAUGACAACAUAAAUUUUGAGUUGAAUAACAAUCCGAAAGGUUGUCAAAUUUAGAAAAGCAGCGAUAUAAUUCCUGAGUGCUUGUUGCCAAGGGAGAUAGCCUCCAAGUUAAUGUUUCUGUUUUUGUGAUGUGAUGUUUUUCACUGCUCUUAAAUGAGGAGUGACUGUAUGGCUGAUGAGUAGUUACUUGCAUACAUAUUUAUGUAAUAAAGACAUGCAAGUGAUACCUCACGCAUUAUGGAUCUUAAAAAUUCUAAUAUCUGCAUGCUCAGGUCUAGGUUUAUGCAUGCUUCAUUUAUUUGCAUGAUACUUCUAGAGAUUAGUUGAAUCGUCGGUUAGUAAAAACAAAAUAAAUGUUAGUUAUGUUUUUCCCGGUUCUAAUGAUUUUCCAAGAUCCACUAAUGUUCUGCUGUAUCAAGCCAGAGUUCAAGCAAGUCUUUAUUAUAUUAAAUAACUCUUAACCACUUCUUUCUUCAUUAGAGCCUGCAUGGCUGCUUUCAUUGUUUUUUGAUAGUUGUUGUGGGAACCUAAUAGUAAUCUUAAUAUUUGUAGCAAAGUCUUUGAUUAUUGUUCAAUUGUCUGAUUCUGAUUCUGGACCUGAACGGGUGAAAACAUCUACUUCAUGUUUAUGAAAAGUUGAAUUUCCAGUUAAUAUCCCCUGCAAUUUAUGGUGAAAGAGGGCUCCACACCAAACACAACUAUGAUGGAGGAGAUUCAGUUGUAUACCAACUGGGAUAAUGUCAUAUGUCCAAUAUGCUUGGACUUUCCCCACAAUGCUGUUCUUCUUCAAUGCGCAUCAUAUGAAAAAGGAUGCCGAUCUUUUGUAUGUGAUACUGAUCAUUUGCAUUCAAAUUGUCUGGACCGCUUCAAACAAGCAAAUGGGAUGUCAUCUGGUUCACUACCACCAAAUUCUGCUGAAAAACUACCAAGUAUGGGCUCAGGAUCAGAUAGCAAGCCACAAUGCCCCUUGUGUCGGGGAGAAGUUACUGGAUGGGUAGUAGUUGAUAAGGCUCGUGUGCAUUUGGAUGAGAAAAAACGUUGUUGUGAAGAGGAAAAAUGUCCAUUUACAGGCACGUAUAUGGAGCUCCAAAAGCAUGCACAAGUAGAGCAUCCUCAUGCUUGCCCUUCGAAAAUUGAUCCGGCACGCCAGCUUGAUUGGGAAAAUUUUCAGCAAUCCUCCGAGAUCAUAGAUGUAUUAAGCACUAUUCAUUCAGAAGUCCCACGUGGGGUGGUACUUGGUGAUUAUGUGAUAGAAUAUGGUGAUGAUAACUCUGGGGAUGAUUUUGAUGACUUCCCUGGAGAUGAGGGAAACUGGUGGACAUCUUGCAUAUUAUAUCAGGUAUUUGAAAAUUUUAGGACAUCUAGAAACAGAAGAAGAUCAAGGGUCAGUGAUUCCAGAAGAGGAAACCACCGUGUGAGUUAUGAUACCUCAAACUCUGAUGAGGGUUCUGUAUCAUCUGCAGAAUAUGCAGAUUAUAGGGCUGACGAGACGGACGAUGAGUUUGUAAAUGCAAGGCGAGCAUCUAGACGAAGAACUAGCCAACACAGCUCUCGAAGGCGCCGCUCCCGCUUCUACGACAACUAGUUAAGCAGUGUCCGCAGAGCUCUGCAUUUCUUCUUUACUAUAGAAUUUACCGUAGCUGUGGAAUGGAAAUGAAAGUGAGUAUCGGUUCGGUGGAAAUGGACAGCAGGUCGUGUUGGCUCUGUUAAUGACAAGUUCUAUUAAAUUUCUCAGGUUGACGUAGUCCCAUCUGAUUAUCUUUCUGAUUUAGUGCCUUUUCUUCUUUUUCUAAGGGUUAGGUGUUUGUAUUUAAUGUGCUCUGCUGUUUAAUAGUAACUUGUUUGUUCUUUACUGCUCGUUAAUAUUCCAUUAACAGACUUGUCUAGCUGCUUAGGUUAUCGGUUGAUUUCAGCUAUCGUUAGGACCUUAUGUUGUCGAUUGAAUAGGUUUGGAAUUGAAAUAAUGUAUUAUAUAAGGUUUCAUUUAUUUGGCCUCAUUAGUUUC